UUGAGGGGCUUAUGGCAUGUCUGCCUGUAGAUACACGUGUGCUUGCGUGCGUAUAAAUGUCUGCCUGUGCGCUGUGUACACGCAGGCAGAGAAUUGGUGAGCAGAAAACUUGUUUUUAAUUAAAUAUCCGGCACGGGCUGAGAAACAAGUCAGAAAACCCAGCCAAAAGCUAAUGUCUGAAACACCCACAGACAGUCCAGAGGUGCCAAUGGAAAAUACCCUGUUCCCUGAAGUUCCUGAUGUGGAAGGAAAGGCGAAGUCAAAUGAUAAUCCAGCAGAGAGACUGGAGGCAGGCUCUGGCAAGGAAGAAUGCCUGGAGUCCAUGUCCAAGAGGCAAAGGAAGAAGCUGUUGAAGCAGAAGCAGUGGGAAGAGCAGAAAGAUCUACGGAGGCAGAAACGAAAAGAAAAACGACAGAAGAGAAAACUAGAACAUCAGUCAAAAUUGGAUUCCAGUAGUGAGGGGAAUGACAGAAAGUGCAUGCGCAGGGAAGUUGUUCCAAGCACGCUUCGCCUCAUCGUGGACUGCAGCUUUGAUGACCUGAUGGUGUUAAAGGAUGUUAAGAAGCUUCACAAGCAGAUUCAGAGAUGUUAUGCAGAAAACCGCAAGGCAUUUCAUCCUGUGCAGUUUUACUUGACCAGCCAUGGGGGACAGUUGAAGACCAACAUGAAUGAAAAUGACAAAGGAUGGGUGAAUUGGAAGGAUAUCCAAAUUAGAACAGAGCACUAUAGUGAGCUAAUAAAGAAAGAAGACCUAGUAUAUCUUACCUCAGAUUCCCCAGACGUUCUCAGAGAGCUUGAUGAGAAGAAAGCCUAUGUGAUUGGAGGACUGGUGGAUCACAAUCACCACAAGGGAAUUACUUACAAAAAAGCUGUAGAGCAGGGAAUUGGUCACGCACAGCUCCCACUUGGAAACUUUGUCAAAAUGAACAGUCGGAAAGUGCUAGCUGUCAAUCAUGUGUUUGAGAUCAUCCUUGCAUACCUGGAGAAGAGAGACUGGAAGGAGGCCUUUUUCAGUGUCCUGCCACAGAGGAAAGGGGCUGUUCCUUUGGGAGAAGCCAAUGAUUCGUCCAAACAUGCUCUGUCUGGAAAAGAAGAUGAAGACAAUGACUCGGACAGCAACUAGGCUUCAGGAUUGGAUGAUGGAAAGAUGAGACAUGCAGUUUGUGGAAUAAAACUGGGGCAUAAAGUAGUUUUACUUCAAAGCUAUCUGUGGCCCUUGUAAUGCUGAAUUGUCUUAAUGCUUGAUAGUCCCAGGGCUGUUUCUGUGCAUGAAGGGUUAAGUUAAAUGCAGGUUUUAACUCUGAAACUUCAAUAUAAUAACUUUUUU